AUGGACAAAGAAAACAGUGAUGCUUCAUCCAAACCUGCUGACCUGAAAAUAUCCCAUAUAUCAAUUCAUGUGGUUGGUGUCCCGGGAAGGCUACCAGGGAGACGACCACUUCGAAAACCUAUUGGCAAAGGCAGACCCAACAAACAGUCCAAGAAGAGAGCUCCCUUUUGGAACGUUCAAAACAAAAUCAUUCUCCUCACACUGUUUUUAUUUAUCCUAGCAGUCACAGCUUGGACACUUCUGUGGCUCUAUAUCAGUAAGACAGAAAGCAAAGAUGCUUUUUAUUUUGUGGGGAUGUUUCGCAUCACCAACAUCGAGUUUCUUCCCGAGUACAGACAGAAGGAGUCCAGAGAGUUUCUGUCAGUGGCACGGACCGUGCAGCAAGUGGUAAACCUUGUUUAUACAACAUCUGCCUUCUCCAAAUUUUAUAAGCAGUCUGUGGUUGCAGAUGUCAGCAGCAACAACAAAGGUGGCCUCCUUGUCCACUUUUGGAUUGUGUUUGUCAUGCCACAUGCCAAGGGCCACAUUUUCUGUGAGGACUGUGUGGCUGCCAUCUUGAAGGACUCCAUCCAGACGAGCAUUAUAAACCGGACCUCUGCGGGGAGCUUGCAGGGCCUGGCUGUGGACAUGGACUCAGUGGUACUAAAUGCUGGGCUUCGCUCAGAUUACUCUUCCACCAUAGGAUCUGACAAGGGCUGCUCUCAGUACUUCUACGCAGACCAUCUGUCCCUCCGCUACCCUCUGGAGAUUUCAGCAACCUCGGGGCACCUGAUGUGUCACUUCAAGCUGGUGGCCAUAGUGGGCUAUCUGAUUCGUCUCUCAAUCGAGUCCAUCCAACUGGAAGCUGACAACUGCGUCACCGACUCUCUCACCAUUUAUGAUGCCCUUUUGCCAAUCCGGAGCACUGUUCUGUACAGACUUUGUGAACCCACAAGAACACUAAUGUCCUUUGUUUCUACAAAUAAUCUCAUGUUAGUGGCACUUAAGUCUCCUUACAUACGGAGGCUGUCAGGAAUCCGGGCUUAUUUUGAAGUCAUUCCAGAACAAAAAUGUGAAAGCACAGUGUUGGUCAGAGAAAUUCCUGGCUUUGAGGGGAAAAUCUCAAGUCCGUAUUACCCAAGCUACUAUCCUCCAAAAUGCAAGUGUACCUGGAAAUUUCAGACUCCCCUGUCAAGCCUUGGAGUAGCACUGAAAUUCCAUAACUAUUCAAUAACCAAGAAGAAUGCGAAAGGCUGCGAGCAUGGAUGGUGGGAAAUCAACGAGCACAUGUACUGUGGCUCUUACAUGGAUCACCAGACGAUUUUCCGUGUGCCCAGCUCGCUGGCUCACAUUCAGCUCCAGUGCAGUUCAAAGCUUUCAGACAAGCCACUUCUGGUGGAAUAUGGCAGCUACAACAUCAGCCAACCUUGUCCUCUCGGGUCUUUUCGGUGCUCCUCUGGUUUGUGUAUCCCUCAGACUCAGCGCUGUGAUGGAGUGAAUGAUUGUUUUGAUGAAAGUGAUGAGCUUUUCUGUGUGACCAUCAAACCUGUCUGCGAUGUUCCCUCCUUCAGGCAGAGGGGCCCUCUGGUCUGCGAUGGUUUCAGGGACUGCGAGCACGGCCAGGAUGAGCACAACUGCACGCAGAGCUGCAGCAGGAGCUCCUCCACUCUGUACCGCAUUGUUGGGGGCGCAGACUCACCCGAGGGGGCAUGGCCAUGGCAGGUCAGCCUGCACUUUGUCGGAUCUGCCUACUGUGGUGCCUCAGUCAUCUCCAGGGAGUGGCUUCUUUCUGCUGCCCACUGUUUCCACGGAAACAGGCUGUCAGAUCCCACCCCAUGGACAGCUCACCUUGGGAUGUACGUGCAGGGAAAUGCCAAGUUUGUCUCCCCAGUGAGAAGGAUUGUGGUCCACGAGUACUACAACAGCCAGACCUUUGACUAUGACAUCGCUUUGCUACAGCUCAGCAUUGCCUGGCCUGAGACUCUGAAACAGCUCAUUCAGCCAAUAUGCAUUCCCCCUGCAGGCCAGAAAGUACGAAGUGGGGAGAAAUGCUGGGUCACUGGCUGGGGCCGAAGGCAUGAAGCAGAUAAUAAAGGCUCCCCUGUUUUGCAGCAAGCAGAGGUAGAGCUCAUUGAUCAGACCCUCUGUGUUUCCACCUAUGGGAUUAUCACCUCGCGGAUGCUGUGUGCAGGAGUGAUGUCAGGCAAAAGAGAUGCCUGCAAAGGGGAUUCAGGAGGACCUUUAUCUUGUCAAAGAAAAAGUGAUGGAAAAUGGAUUUUGACUGGCAUUGUUAGCUGGGGACAUGGAUGUGGAAGACCAAGCUUUCCUGGUGUUUACACAAGGGUGUCAAACUUUGUUCCCUGGAUUCAUAAAUAUGUCCCUUCUCUUUUGUAA